AGAAUCGUCUUAGGAAUCCAGUUGGAGGAUAUCCUCAGCAAGGUUACCAAGCUCGGCCUCCGCCAAGCUGGGCCCCUCCUGGUGCACCAAUGCAACAACCUAAUUAUGGCUACGUUCAGCCUGGAGCCUAUGGUGGCCCAUCACCCCAUUAUAACAUGACUCAACCACCUUACACAGGUUAUCCUCCUCAACCAACUUCUGGUGGGUAUGCUACUGGGUGGGACCAGACAACUGCUCCACAAAACCAGCAGAGUACUCAGGGAGGUGGGUAUGAUUACUACAGUCAGCAGCCAACUGCGCAACAGCAGCAAGCCCCUGGUGGUACUGUAGCUCCCUCAGAUAAUACCGCCUAUGGUUACAAUCAGCCACCAGCUUCCGGUUACAGUCAACAAGGACAAGGUUAUGCUCAGGAUGGCUAUGGUGGAUAUAAUGCACCUCCCCCUCAAUCUGGGUAUGGUCAGCCACCAAAUGCUGUUCCGGGUUAUGAUCAGCAGCAAGGUUAUAAUUCUACACCUGGUGGAUAUGGCAAUGUCUCCAACCCAACUCCAGAUGGCCACACCCCUUCGUAUGGAACUCAGGGAGAAACCAACCAAACAGCUCCGCCAGCCCAGUCAUCUGCAGUGGGCCAGCAAGGAUACAAUUCUGGUCAGCAGCCUAGCCCUAAUCCUAGUUACCCGCCUCAGGGGUCUACCCAGCCAGGCUAUGGAAUGCCCCCAACUACCCAAAGUGGUUAUGGAACUCAACCUCCUUCAGGGUAUGGCCCAAGUUAUGGACCACCUCAAGCUCAGAAGCCACCAGCUGGUCAGGCAGCUUAUGGGCAACCCCAACAAUCACCCAGUGCCCAAGGAGGUUAUGUCCAGCCUUCUCCUGUGCAACCGGGGUAUGCCCUUUCUCAGGCACCGCCCGCUCAAUCUGGCUAUGCUCAGCCAGAUUCUGGUACUCAGCGAGCUCCACCGUCAGGAUAUGGUACUCCAACUGCUCAGCCAGGGGCAUACCCCUCACCAUAUGGUGCACCACCGGCAACUCAGCCAAGUUAUGCGCAACAGCAGCCUCCGUACAACACCUCUUAUGGGGCUGGCUAUGCCCAGCCUCCUGUGUAUACUGCAGAUGGCAAUGCAAGUGGAACUGCUCGUGGGGCGUACGAUGCUGCCCCAGCCUCACAACCUGGUCAGCCCAGUGGGGUUGCUAAACCCUCACCUUAGAGUGGAUGAUUUAGUUUGUGGGCAACAGUUGGACAUUUCUCAUUUUGGUGCCUAUUAAUGUCUGUGUAUGGCUUUUAAUUAGGUAAACUUUAGGUCUCUUUGGUUUGGCUUUAAAGGUUUGAACGUACCUUUUGUUGUUUGUUCCCAACAUUACUUAGCAGUGAAUUCUAGAUGUGGGGGAGGAUAAUUACUUGUUGGUUUUGGUAUUGGUUGAUUCUGUAAGUUAAUGAACUCAUGGACAUUAAUUGGUGGUGUUUUUCUGUGUACGGGUAGGAGAGGAAGUGGUUGACGGUGGUUACCCUCGGCAACAUUUACAACCAUUGGUGGGUUGGCAACGGACACAACCUUUGUUAAAGAUUGUGUCUCCUGUUUGAAUGGUUGCAUAUUGGUAACCAUUAGAAGUCUAUAAUGACAACUUUGAUCAUG